GUUGUUUUGGUCUGGAGUUUGCUGUAAAAGUGAGAAUUUCUAACUCUUUUCAAGAAUUUCGUUAAUUUCGCGAUAAAGAUAAACGUGAUAAGAACUCAUUCAAGGAAUAGAUUCGUUUUUUCCUUCUGAAUACAUCGCAGCAACGUGUUCCCGUGGUUCAGAAAUUCUCUAUAAAGCAGCACAAGACGCAAUACUACACACAAUCAUCGGUAGCAACAGCAGUGGAGAGAGGCCAAUGCUAUGUUGAAUAGCGUAGCCCGAGCUCAACUAGCGAACUAUCUGCGGACUAGUUGCACGAAUCUUCGAAAAGUGCCGCGCGGUUCCGGGAGCACUUGCACUUCCUCAGCCCUCGUCCUCGAGUGCUGCACGACCUCCGGAUCUCCGAUCCUGCAUUCCGCGGUCCCGCACCCGGCGCAAGUGCGGUCCUGCUCAAGCACCACGGACGCAACCAGCAAACAAGGAGGCGGAAGCGGCAGCGGCAGCGGCGGAAGCGGCAGCGGCAGCGGCGGAAUGGCAUCGAAAGAACCAAAGUUUACGAACCGCUUGGCACAAGAAAAGAGUCCCUACCUUUUGCAGCAUGCUCACAACCCGGUCGAUUGGUAUCCCUGGGGCGAAGAGGCCAUCAAACGGGCUCAAAGCGAACAAAAAAUUUUGUUCAUAUCUUCUGGCUACUCUUCUUGCCAUUGGUGCCAUGUAAUGAACAGAGAAAGCUUCCAGAACGAGGAGGUCGCUCGCAUCAUGAACGAAAACUUUAUCAACGUGAAACUGGAUCGGGAGGAGCGGCCAGACAUCGAUAAGCUGUACAUGAUGUUCAUCCUGCUCAUCAAUGGAUCGGGCGGGUGGCCGAUGAGCGUUUGGCUAACGCCCGAUCUGGCCCCGAUCACCGGUGGUACCUACUUCCCUCCGAACGAUCGGUGGGGCAUGCCGGGCUUCACAACCGUGCUGACCAAGCUGGCUGCCAAAUGGGCCUCCGAUCGGGAGGAUCUCGUCCGGACGGGUCGCUCGGUGAUUGAGGCGAUCAAGCGUAACGUCGAUCAGAAGCAGGGCUCUGGCAACGGUGACGAAGAGGAGGGUGCGGCUGCUGUGGCCGCUGCAGGCGAAACGCUCGAGGCCAAGUUCCGCCAGGCAAUCAACCUGUACCAGCGUAAUUACGAUCCCGUCUGGGGUGGUUCGUUGGGAGCACCCAAGUUCCCGGAAGCGGCCAAGCUCAAUCUCAUGUUUCAUCUGCACGUGCAGGAACCGAAACACAAGAUACUUGGCGUGGUACUGAACACGCUGGAUAAGAUGGCCGCCGGUGGUAUUCAUGAUCACGUGUUCGGUGGAUUCGCUCGUUACUCGGUCGACAAGAAGUGGCACGUGCCGCACUUCGAGAAGAUGCUGUACGAUCAGGGUCAGCUGCUAUCGCUCUACGCCAACGGCUAUCGGUUGACGCACAAACCGCUCUACCUGACCGUGGCCGAUGCCAUCUAUCGGUAUUUGUGCAAGGACUUGCGACACCCGGGUGGAGGAUUCUACAGUGGCGAGGAUGCCGACUCGCUGCCAACCGCCGACAGUGAUGUGAAGGUGGAGGGUGCCUUUUACGCAUGGACGUACGCCGAGGUCAAGGAGACACUGGAGCGUGGUGCGGCCAAGUUCGGUGACACGACGGUCAGCCCGAUCGAGGUGUAUGCCGAGCACUACGAUAUCAAGGAAACGGGCAACGUGGAACCGGCCAGUGAUCCGCACGGGCAUCUAUUGGGGAAGAACAUUCCGAUUGUGUACGGAUCGGUGCGCGAAACGGCCGAAAAGUGUGGUACCAGCCCGGAGAUAGUGGAGCGUGUGUUGCGCGUUGCGAAUGAGCUGCUCCACGAGGUGCGCGAGCAACGACCAAGGCCCCACCUCGACACGAAGAUUAUUUGCGCGUGGAAUGGACUUGUCCUGUCCGGAUUGUCUCAUUUGGCUUGUGUGCAUGAUGCACCGGAUCGGAGCAAGUACUUGGCGACGGCCGAAGAGUUGGUAAAGUUCGUGCGGGCUAACCUGUACGAUGUGCAAGCACGCAAGCUGCUCCGGUCGUGCUACGGCAACGGGGAGGAAACAUUGGCCUCUGAGCGGCCCAUUUAUGGUUUCAUCGAUGAUUAUGCCUUCCUGAUCCGAGGCUUGAUCGACUACUAUGUAGCAUCGCUCGACGAACAUGCGCUGCACUGGGCGAAGGAACUGCAGGACAUUCAGGAUGAGCUGUUCUGGGAUCCGAAGCACGGUGCCUAUUUCUACUCGGAGGCCAACUCACCCCAUGUGGCCGUACGACUAAAGGAAGAUCACGAUGGUGCUGAACCGUGUGGCAAUAGUGUCGCGGGCCACAAUCUGCUCCUCCUGCAUGACUACUUCGAGGAGGAACGACUCAAGGAGCGAGCACGGAAGCUGUUUGCAUACUUCUCCGAAAGCAGCCCGUUUGGAUACGUGCUGCCCGAGAUGAUGUCGGCCGCGCUGGUCGAGGAGCACGGGAAGCACACGCUCAUCGUGGUCGGACCGGAAUCACCAGAAGCGACCGCACUCGUGGAUGCUGUUCGACGGUUCUACAUCCCGGGUAUGAUCAUCGUACAGCUGAAAAUUGAUAAGCCGGCGCACAUCGAGCGACGCCGCAAGUCGCUCGACAACUUUAAAAUGGUCAAAAAUAUGCCGACGGCGUAUAUCUGCCACAAUCGGGUGUGCCACCUGCCGGUUACUGAGCCGGAGCGCCUGGCGGAAGAGUUCCAGCCGCGCUAUACCUUCGACUAUCUCGAGUACGAGAACUGAUUCUUCGAGGCCUAAGGUCAUUUUCAUGCGUCACGUACGACGAUAACCAUGGAACGACUGGCGGCCGCCAAAAAGGAUGAGGAAUAGCGUGAAAACCCCCAAACGCAAAGUACAGUUAGAAACUGGCAAACAUUUUAUGGACAUGACAUGGAACCCCGAGCGCAGAGAAAGCCAAUUUGUGAUCGACAUAAAGCAAAAACUGUUGAAUGUUGAAUAUCAAACGACUACGACGACGAUAACGAAUGCUUUAAAAAAGGACGAAGCAAAGCAAGUUUGCUUCGCAUCUUCGUUGCUUUUGAUGUGACACACCAUCCCGUGCGGAGAAACAAUGGGAAAGAAAUAGAAUAACGGGAGCGCGUUGCGGUAUCCGCAUGUUAUUUGCUUGCUUCUCCGGAAUUGUUCUCUCUGCAUAAUCCUUCUUCAAAGUGAUCCUUCCAGCAGGAAUUGUUGUUAUCUGUUACACCAGUGCUCCAUUGAAUGUUCCGUUUCGUUUCAAAUUUUGUUACUAAUUUAUCAGCUAGAAGUUGAAAGCGAAGAUUAUCAUAAGGAAGAGAUGUAGAGUAGAGUAGCAAACCCAUAGACAAUGAUGUCUUGCAAACAAAACUAAAACUUUACCACUCGGAACGUACUACUACAGUAGGAGAGUAGCGAGAAUUUCCUAUUAUCGACCACCUGCAAAGUAGCAAGCAAUGGACCAUAGCGGUAGAGCACUUAUCGGUAGAGCAAAACAUGAAAGCAUCACGCUAAUGUUCAUCGCCGCCAACCAUUUUACAAAAAUCAUUUUGUACCACGCACAGAUCGGCCAAGCGGGUGUUAGUGGCUUUUCCUGGAAUUUUGAACUCGAAUAUUGCGCAACUUUUAAUAUUUGUAAUACCUACCCCUCUCUGAUAGGCACACAUACGCAUCCUUUCACCAACACUAUGCUUAUUGGCGAAUCGAUCGAUGAUCGAUGAAAUUAGUGACUGCUGUUGAGGAGGAAGUAACCAACGAGUAACGAUGAGGCCAAAUGAUAGCGAUGUUUUAAACCGUUGGAAGAAUCGGUGGUGUGUUUUUGAUCCGAAGUUUUAAAUGGCGAAAAAUCGAUUAACGUUACUAGUACGAUAGGGCAAGGGGGCUGAGAGUGCCGCCGCCAAGCCACACGCAACACCAUUACUGAUACUGCUACUGCAUUGAUAUUCUAAACGAUUAACGGAUAGGAUUCGAUGGCGAAGUAGCAACGACAACGUUUUACCGCAAUACCGUAGAUUCCGUUCGAUUUGCUCCUCUAUCUCUCAAACGAUAUCAAUGAUAUUAUUACGAUAAAAGUGAACUACAACAACAAAAAAAUCAAAUAAAAUUUGGAAAAAGAAUACUUGGGU